AUGACAAUCUGUAACUUUUACCAGCAAGGUCGCUGCAAGUUUGGAGGUUCGAGCACCCUGGAAAUACCAACACCACGACUAGUGGGAAUCGGUUCGGUGCUCUCGCUGCUGGAGGCUUUGGAACUUCAGGAAGCUUUCACCUUCACCUCCAAUUCUUUCUCUCUUAUUUGCUCCUCCUCUCAUAUCUGCUUUCAUCUAUUCCUACUCUCCCGUCUCUCAAACGAGGACGUUAUGCCUAUUUCCAUCUCACCAAUUGUCAUUCUGCCAAAGAAACCGCCUCCACCUGCUUGGGGCGAAUCGUCGACUAACGUGUCACUUACAACUCGCCUAGAUCAAGCCUCACGACCAGGCCAGCAGGCCCAAAACUUUGGAGUCAAUGCAAGUGACAUCAAACUCGACUUGACAGCCGGAAAGGGACGCCCAGAAUGGAUCUUCUCGGCGUAUGCACCUCAGCGCGAUGUGCCCCGUCAAUUGUUUGGCGGUGCUCAGCGUGAGCAGAGCAUGGAGGAGAUGCGUCUCCGCCACUAUGAGGCAGUUGCUGCUGGGAACCUCAACCAGGCCGUCCAGGAAGCCGAAGCGCUAUGGAAUGAGUCCACACAGCAAAUGGAUGCUGCGUUGAACGACCUCGACGGAGCAGUUAACUACAUCGUCAGCGGUGCCAAUGAGCAUCCCAAUCGUAUUGACAUCGUCGAGGGCAAAACGGGUCCAGACUCAAAUCAAGGUUCUGCAUUUGGCCAACCGGCAGCCCCUGCACAGGCGACCAAUGCUUUUGGCCAACCCUCUCAACCAUCGACCUCAGCAUUCGGCCAGCCUGCGUUCGGUCAGCCAUCUCAACCUGCUGGACAGACAUCAGCCUUUGGUGCGCCUUCUACCCUCGGACAGCCAUCUCAACCUAGUGGACAGGCAUCAGCUUUCGGUGCGCCUUCAACCCUAGGACAGUCGUCUCCAUUUGGACAACCAUCACAAUCCUCUGCAUUCGGACAACCUUCUUCCCUAGGCUCUAGUUCUGCCUUCGGCCAACCCUCCGGGCUGGGGGCACAAUCAGGGCUUGGAAAGCCAUCUUUUGGCCAGUCAGGAUUUUCACAGUCUGGUACAUCUGCUUUUGGUGGAACUGCAUUCGGUCAGCCUUCAGCUCCAGCAUCAGCCCCAGCCCCAGCGGCACCAUUUGGCGCCCCUUCGACCACAUCUCCCUUCACGCAGGUUGGACAGAACCAAUCUACAGGAGGUUUCGGGCAGCCUUCAGGUCAACAAGCACAAGCUCCUGCACCCUUUGGCCAGCCUUCACAACCACAGGCUUCACCAUUUGGCCAACCGUCUGCCCCUGCGCCUGCGACAGCAUUCGGUCAGCCUUCCCAACCAAAUUCGUCACCCUUCGGCCAACCACAACAGCAGCAAGCAUCACCAUUUGGCUUGGCCUCAUCUGCAGCUUCAAAUCCCUUCGGUGGAACCGCUUCCACCCAACCAAAUCCCUCGCCCUUUGGCCAAUCCGCGGCUCCCCAAGGCGUGCCUGUUGCACAGCCUGUUGCCGGGCCGCGCGCAGCCAUCAAGAUCGAUAACACAACCGGCUUGGACCCCUUUCCACCUCUUCAGGGCGAGACCAGACGAGACCCUACUUCCAAGUUUCUCACGAUGUGGAAAGGCCGCCCAGUGCGGCCGGUCAAGGUCGAGGAUGGUACAGUCCGCCCCGCCUAUCUACACCCCCAAGAUAACAAGACUCUCGUACGAGUCAUGUUUCCAGACGGGCCGCCUGACGACGCUGGUCUCCGUGAUGCAUUGAGUACCCCGGAACAAAUCACGCCGGAGAUUGAAGAGAUGUACGCCUUUUUCGCCCAGAAUGGGUUCUUCAAAGACGGGGUGAUUCCGGUCAUACCCCCGAAGAAAGACGCAGUCAGUUUUGACUUUUAG